AUGCGACCAGCAAGAGAGAUAUUGAAUAAUGCUAGCUUCAUAUUAGCAGCUUCCACGGGCUGGACGACCGUAGCUGCCUACGAGAACGGUGGCUCGGCUGCUUGCGAAUCACUGAGCGGCGCCCUCAGCAUUGACAACGUCUCCGUCGUUUCCAGCACCUACUAUCAGAGCGGAGGACAUAUUCCUCUCCCAGGAUUGGUUGCUUCCUGUGCGUCGGACGAUGGCGAGAGCUCUGCCAACGCGACUUCAGACCUCUGCCGACUGGUGCUGAAUGUCACCACGAGCAGCACCAGUGAGGUGUUGAUCGAAGCGUGGUUGCCCGAUAUUUGGAACGGUCGAUUUUUGGCCACAGGCAAUGGCGGCAUUGGCGGCUGUAUCGAUUACAAUAACCUAGGGAAUGGCGCAAGCUUCGGCUUUGCAAGUUUCGGGACCAACUCGGGUCACAACGGUUCAUCGGGAUAUAAUUUCUUUCUGCACCAGCCGGAGACAAUCAUCGACUUUGGCUACCGCGGGAUCCACGUCGAAGCAGAAGUUGGUAAGCAGGUUGUCGCGCAGUACUAUGACGAGUCCGCGUCCCACAGUUACUACUCUGGAUGUAGCACUGGCGGUCGGCAGGGGUACACGAAUGCCAUACUUUAUCCCGGCGAUUUCGAUGGCAUGCUCCUGGGCUCUGCUGGUGUCGACUGGUUGCACAUCGUUGCGUCCAAAGGAAUCUUGGCGGGUCGCAUGGCCUGGCCCGACCUCUCCUCGCCAUCAUACGUUCGACCGGAACAGUGGCCUGCUAUCGUGGAUGCGCAGAUCAAGCUUCUUGACCCCUUAGAUGGCGUGGCAGACGGCAUCAUUGACGACCCGACUGCGUAUAAACUUGAUGCCGCUGUGCUGGCCUGUGGAACUGGCCUGCUCAACGAUUCUUUCUGUCUGACCGCUGCGCAAGUUGAAUCUGUCAACGCCAUUUAUGAGCCCAUCGCCGACACGAAUGGCUAUAUAGUCUACCCCUCCUUUGAUCUUGGCUCUGUCACGAAUGUUUUCUCUUCGAACCAAGUCAACGAGUCCGCAAACCUCACCUAUCGCAUUAUUGACGAUUUUUGGCGUGGCGCAGUCUACAACACCACAGAAUUCUCAUCCGUCAACUUUACCGUUCAAGACAUGGAUUUCGCGGUGAAGCAGAACGUCGGCCUAGUAAACCUUGCUGGUGGCGCGUAUCCAGACGGGCACAACAUUUCCGCCUACCGUAACCGGGGCGGAAAGAUACUUGCGCUGCACGGCAGAACUGACCAGACCGUCACAUCGGGUCUCGCAGCGCGCACAUUCCGGCGGACUGCACAGACGUUGAAUGCGUCCCUGGCAGAGAUGCAUGACUUUUACCGCCUCUUCUAUAUCCCUGGCCACGAUCACUGUUCAGGGGGUAAAGGGCCAUGGGCUGUCGGACAGCCGACGGCGCAGAAAUCAUUUAUAGAUCCGCAAGGGGAGUUGGGGAAUAGCAGACAUAAUAGUUUGAUGGCGCUAGUGGUUUGGGUUGAGCAGGGUCAGGCGCCUACCUCACUGGUAGGAACGAAGUUCCGAGACGAUGACUUCGACGCGUUGGAGGUAUUGGGGCAGCGGACGCUGUGCGUGUACCCGAAUGCCAAGUGCUUCGCUCUCAUACUCCCAACGACCGACUGUACGGUCAUUGAUGCAGCAUGUAUCUGCGCGAGCGAGCACCUGUACGCCGAGAUGACAAGCUGCGUAAUCUCUGAAUGCACGGUUCUUGAAUCAUUUGCCGCUGCAAGAAUUGGAGCCGACGUCUGCCACUAUCCUAGACGAGAUCGCUCCGCAGCAUUUCGCCAUAUCACCGUGAGCCUGGCUGCAACCGCCCUUCUCUUGAUCGCCUUCCGAAUUCUUUCACGCCAUAGCGGAACCCACGAUUCUCCUUGGGGCUGGGAUGAUGCCCUGAUCAUCAUUACAGGGGUAUCGUCCAUGCCGCUGGCCAUAUUGUCUGGUUUCUUCUCACAUUAUGGACUUGGAACAGACGUGUGGUACUUUCCCGUCGAAGACUUCACAAGUUUGUACAAGUGCUUUUUCGCUCAGCGCAUUACCUAUUGCGUGACGACCGGCUUAGUUAAAAUCUCGCUCCUUGCCUUCUACCUCCGGAUAUUUCCCAGCAGGACAUUCCAACGUCUGACCUGGGCCUUGAUAUGCUUCGUCAGCAUGUGGACCUUCAUGUUCACGAUUAUUCAACUCAAUCAAUGCAACCCUAUAUCGUACGUUUGGACUCGAUGGGACACCGAUAACAAGGGCCGCUGCUUAAAUUACACUGUGAUGGUUUACAUCCAUGCUGGAACUAAUCUUGCUUUGGAAUUGGUCAUCCUUUUCAUGCCGAUGCCAAUACUGUAUAACCUGCGUAUUGAUUGGCGGAAGAAAGUUCAAGUCUUCAUCAUGUUCAGUAAGUUAGCUCACAAUUUUGUCAAGCCCUGA